AUGUUCCACUUAGUGUUGUUUCCCUUUCUAGUGCUCAGUGUUGUAGCAGAAAUAAUUUACGUUCAGGUCCUCUUCAGACAUGGAGAUCGAGCUCCUUCAGAUGCGUACCCUCUAGAUCCCUAUGGGGAGGAAGUCUGGCCUCGUGGUUUCAGCCAGUUGACAGAAAAAGGAUAUAGACGAGCUCAAGCACUGGGGAAGUAUUUACGAGCUCGUUACAAUGUUCAACAUCGUCUUCUAGGCUUAAAGUCUCAUAACAAAGAGAUUCGCGUCCGCUCAAGUGACAAAGAUCGAUGCAUUGAAACUGCUAUGGGUGUCAUUUCUACUCUAUUUCCUGCUGAAAUAGUGCCAAUUCAUACUUAUUCGAGCCAUAAGUACGACUUGCUUCUGAAACCAAGUAGUGUUCGGUGUGACAGAGCUAACAUCUUGGUUUCCGGUGAUAAGCGCAAACUUUAUCAGAAGAGAAACGAGGAGUUCAAGAACCUAUUCGCUUAUCUCACUCACCACACUGGAAUGCAAGUCUCCAUGAACAAUAUCAAAAACAUCUAUAACACAGUCCAUCGGGAGGUAAGCAACAAAAUCUUAAAUUAACA